AUGAUAACUUCCGUGAACAUCGCCUUACUAGUAGCCCUGUUCCUGCUAAACUCCAAUCGCAUUCAGAAAGCCAUUGAGAUAUGCAACGAAUGUUUAAUUUUGCUAAAUAACAGCGAUCAAAACAGCAAAGAUCAAUUUGAUUCAGUACUACUACAUAUUUACAGCGACAUCUAUACAGUUCUUUACAGCGCUUAUCGUCAUAUCUCUGACUACGUAAAUGCGGAAAGAUACGGCAAGAAACUGCUUGUCUUCUACAACAAGUGUGGAAUUCUGUUUUAUAAACUUGGCGAAAACCUAAAAGCAAAGGAGUAUGUUGCGAGGGCCCUUACUAUAACGACCGAAAUUGGCGACAAAAGCGGAGAAGCAUCCUGUUACGUAAACCUAGGUGCUGUGUUUCAGUCGCUCGGGCAAUACGACGAGGCUAAAGAGUAUCUCAAAAAGCGCUCGUCAUCAAAACGGAAAUUGGCGACAAAGAAGGAGAGACAACUGUUUACGAAAAGCUAGGUACUGUGUUCCGGUUGCACGGGCAAUACGACAAGGCUAUGGAGUAUCUCCAAAAAGCGCUUGUCACCAGAAUUGAAAUUGGUGACAGAAAAGGAGCGGCAACUGACUACGGAGAACUAGGUGUUGUGUCUCAGUCGCUCGGAGAAUACGACAAGGCUCAAGGGUAUUUCCAAAAAGCGCUUGUCAUCAUGACUGAAAUUGGCGACAGAAAUGCAGAAGGAACAUGUUAUACAAACCUAGGUGCUGUGUAUCAGUCUCUCGGGCAAUACGACAAGGCUAUGGAGUAUCUCCAAAAUGCGCUUGUCAUCUCAAAGGAAAUUGGCGACAGAAAAGUAGAGGCAACUGUUUACGGAAACCUAGGUACUGUGUCUCAGGCGCUCGGGGAAUACGACAUGGCUAAAGAGUAUCUCCAAAAAGCGCUUGUCAUCACAACUGAAAUUGGCGACAGAAAAGGAGAAGGACCAUGUUAUGGGAACAUAGGUACUGUGUCUCAUGCGCUCGGGGAAUACGACAAGGCCAAAGAGUACCUCCAAAAAGCGCUUGACAUCGCAACUGAAACUGGCGAUAGAAAAGGAGAGGAAACUGUUUACGGAAACCUAGCUUCUGUGUUUCACUCCCUCGGGCAAUACGACAAGGCUCAAGAGUAUCACCAAAAAGCGCUUGUCAUCACAACGGAAAUUGGCGACAGAAAAGGAGAGGCAACUGUUUACGGAAACCUAGGUGCUGUGUUUCAUUCGCUCGGGCAGUAUGACAAGGCUAAAGAGUAUCUCCACAAAGCGCUUGUCAUCAAGACGGAAAUUGGCGACAGAAGAGGAGAAGGAACAUGUUAUGAAAACCUAGGUGGUGUGUUAAAUUGGCUCGGGCAAUACAACAAGGCUAAAGAGUAUCUCCAAAAAGCGCUUGACAUCACAACUGAAAUUGGCGACAGAAAAGGAGAAGGAUCAUGUUAUGGCCAGCUAGGUAGUGUUUUUGAGUCGCUAGGUGAAUACGACAAGGCUAAAGAGUAUCUCCACAAAGCGCUUGUCAUCAAGACGGAAAUUGGCGACAGAAGAGGAGAAGGAACAUGUUAUGAAAACCUAGGUGGUGUGUUAAAUUGGCUCGGGCAAUACAACAAGGCUAAAGAGUAUCUCCAAAAAGCGCUUGACAUCACAACUGAAAUUGGCGACAGAAAAGGAGAAGGAUCAUGUUAUGGCCAGCUAGGUAGUGUUUUUGCGUCGCUAGGUGAAUACGACAAGGCUAAAGAGUAUCUCCACAAAGCGCUUGUCAUCAAGACGGAAAUUGGCGACAGAAGAGGAGAAGGAACAUGUUAUGAAAACCUAGGUGGUGUGUUAAAUUGGCUCGGGCAAUACAACAAGGCUAAAGAGUAUCUCCAAAAAGCGCUUGACAUCACAACGGAAAUUGGCGACAGAAAAGGAGAAGGAUCAUGUUAUGGCCAGCUAGGUAGUGUUUUUGAGUCGCUAGGUGAAUACGACAAGGCUAAAGAGUAUCUCCACAAAGCGCUUGACAUCACAACUGAAAUUGGCGACAGAAAAGGACAAGGAACAUGUUAUGUAAACCUAGGUGGUGUGUUUACUUGGCUCGGGCAAUACAACAAGGCUAAAGAGUGUCUCCAAGAAGCGCUUCUCAUCAGAACGGAAUUUGGCGACAGAGAGGGAGAGGCAACUGACUACAGAAAGCUAGGUACUGUGUUUGAGUCCGUCGGGCAACACGACAAGGCUAAAGAGUAUCUCCAAAAAGCGCUUGUCAUCACAACUGAAAUUGGCGACAGAAAAGGAGAAGGAACAUGUUAUGUAAACCUAGGUAUUGUGUCUGCGGCGCUCAGGAAAUACGACGAGGCUAAAGAGUAUAUCCAAAAAGCGCUUGACAUCACAACCGAAAUUGGCGACAGAAAAGGAGAAGCAUCAUGUUAUGAAAGCUUAGGUAGUGUGUUUACUGGGCUCGGGCAAUACGACAAGGCUAGAGAGUGUCUCCAAAAAGGGCUUGUCAUCGGAAGUGAUAUUGGUGAUAAGUUAGGGGAAGCACAACAUCUUUUAAACCUUGGAAUUGUGUUUAGAGCUGUUGGUGAUUAUGAAGCUUCAGAAGUAUGCUUUGAGAAAGCUUUAUCUAUAUCCAGAGAUAUUGGAUGUAGAAGAAAAGAGUUAGAAAUCCUUAAGAGUUACGCCUUUUUGUAUUUAUGUCAAAAAAGAAUCAAAGACUCCCUUUCGUGUCUUCAUCUGUGCAUUGAAAUGUACGAGGAGCUGAGAUAUUUCUUGGGCGCCAAUGAUGAGUUCAAAACAUCAUUUCUGGAAGAGUUUGUAACAUUUCCCUACAAGAUUCUUUGUACUCUGCUUUGUGGCUCUCGAAACACUCGUGAUGCUCUUUAUGUUGAGGAGUUGGGUCGAGCAAGAGGCCUAUCAGACUUGAUGGCAAAGAAGUACUCGGUUGAAACGCACAUCUCUGCCAAUCCACGAUCUUGGUUUGGCAUUGAAAACAUUUUAAGAGAGAAAAAUAACUGUACUUGUCUGUACAUUUCUUAUUUUUACUAUGAUCUGUUUUUGUGGAUCUUGAAAUCAAGUGGAAUCCUUCACUGUAAAAUAAUAUCGCUAGAAGAGAAUCUCGUUCAGGCUGGGUUGCCCAAAGAUUUGCCUUUGAGUGAAUUCUUGGCUGAUAAUUUCCGGAGUCUUGGUAUUUUGCCCACUGGAGAUUGCGAAGAUCGGUCUUUAAAUAUGGCUAAAUUGCAACCUCUCUCUCCCGAACAAAAGAGCUCAGCAAGAAUGCGACUCAUGGAAGAGGACGAGGAAAAGAAAGUCAUUUCAAGUCUAUCUUUGUGUUACAAAUUGUUUAUUGCCCCCGUUUAUGAUUUGCUUGAGGAGCCUGAAGUCAUUAUUGUUCCUGACCCCAGGUUGUACAAAGUUCCUUUUGCAGCCCUGAGUGAAAAGGAGGGAGCCGAAUACCUGUCGGAGACUCAUAGGAUCCGUGUCAUUCCUUCUUUGACGACACUCAAAAUCAUUCAAGAUAGUCCAGAGGACUAUCACAGCAACACUGGUGCCUUGAUAAUAGGCAAUCCCAAGGUUGAUGGGCUGCCACCAUUGCCAGGUGCAAGAAAGGAAGCGGAGAUGGUCGGACGACUGGUGGGUGUUCCGCCUUUGGUAGAAGAGGAAGCAACGAAGCAGGCAGUACUUGAGCGGAUAAGUUCAGUGAGCCUGAUACAUUUUGCUGCCCAUGGUGACGCCGAAAGGGGAGAAAUUGCCCUCUCUCCCACUCCUAUUCCCAACAGUCAAAAUGCUAUCCCACCACAGGAAGCUUACAUGUUGACGAUGGCUGAUGUCUCACGAGUGAAAGUCAGAGCUAAACUGGUGGUACUUAGCUGCUGUCACAGUGGAAGUGGAGAGAUAAAAGCCGAGGGAGUUAUAGGAAUUGCCCGUGCGUUCUUAGGAUCCGGUGCUCGCUCAGUGUUGGUUGCGCUGUGGGCCAUUUCAGACAAAGCAACAGAGCAGCUGAUGAGUCGGUUCUACGAACACCUAGUUAAAGGAGAAAGUGCCAGUGAAUCCCUUCAUCAGGCCAUGAGGUGGAUGAGGAAAAAAGGCUCUACCUAUGUGUCUGAGUGGGCUUCGUUUACGCUGAUUGGAGAUGAUGUGAGGCUCGAGUUUGACAAGCAGAGGUAAGACUCGGUGAGAACAGGUAUUUCAUAAAUUAAAGUUAAUUAAUUAAGGUGGCUAUGACUUACUGGUCGCUGACGGCCGGCAGUUAUCUUUUGUAACCUUGAAUAUCAAGGCUAGUUUCAUGCCGUUUUUUUUUUUGUUCCUUUCAAAGAGUAACAAUUUAUUCUCCCAGUUAGGUGUAAAAUAUAGAAUUUCGAAGGCGUCCCUCUGCCAAUCAGAUAUAAGUGUACAUUUGCCUACAUAAUGCGCCUGGUAUAACUGUAUUUGCUUUGUCUAAGAAAAUGUUGAUUAAGUUAUUUUUAAUUGUUUUUCUUUUUUACGUUUGUUACAGGAAAGAAGAUGAGAAUAGCUUGAAGUAA